AUGGAGUCGAGCAAUUACCUGUUGGAAACACGACCGGCAUACCCGGAUUUUGCCGGCAUCGGGGUUAUAGUGGCGUUUGCUGCCAGCGUCAGCCUUACCCUCGUCGCCGCAAUCGUGUGCCUGCUGCUCUCGCGCUCGACCAAGCCCAGCCACCCGCGAGCCAUCAACCCGAUCGACGGAUUCUUCCCCGACGGCUCCAUCGCCGUCUACCACGUCGACACCGUCACAAACUUCGUCUGGUUCAGCUCCAAUACCCACCUCCUGUCCCUCCACGUCGUCAAGCACUUCAACGCCUGCGUCAAGCCCGACGCCGGCCUUCGCCGUCAGGGCCGCCCGCGGUAG